CAAGUCCGUCACCAACCCAGCUGCACAUUGCGGCGAUGGCAGUACUGUAGUCGCGCAAUCACAAAUGCCUGUUGCAGCGCAGUGACCGAGUGGUGGGAAAUGAAGGGAAAUGAGACGAACUCAUUAUUAAUUUAUUCAUCACAUUUGCUUUUCCUCCUUUUCACUGUCGGGUUUGGUCUUUGUUGUGGCGAUACAACGCUUGAUAGAGGGCCCAGGCCACGUUUCCUGUAUAUUUCGACGUGGAUUGGGUUGACUGAGCCAUCAGUGCCGCUAGAGGCUUGCAAGUGUGAAGCAGAUGCUCAAUGUCUCGUACUUGCCGUUGUGAGGGGCAGGAGAAGAGUUCUAAACACGUUGAUACAUGGCCUACUUCGUAAUCCCAUCCUAAAAUAGAAAUUUGCUUCCUGGUUGUGCGUGCGUGUGUGUGUGUGUGAGUGCGUGUGGCAGUUGCAUCAAUGCAUGAAUAGCAUAUUGUCCCAGUCUUACUCGUAAUAUGGAGACCCGUCCUGG